UAUACUACUUAUUUUUCCGCUUUCUGGAAACACUGGUUAAGCUACACUCGGUAUCGGUGCGCUGACGCUUGUAAGGUAGGGUACAUUGAAGCAUACGAAAAUGUUACUUAUCUGGUAUGCAUAAUGAAUUUAAACCAUAUCUUCGUGUGCCGUCAGUACGAUACAUGGGGUCAGCUAUAAAUGGUGAAGUGAUGUGGAAAUGUGCUAUCUCGACGUGCUCGUUUGAAUACGAACGCAGAACUCUAAAGCAGCUUGUAGUACUCGUUGUCGUUGCAAGAGAUAUAUGCACAACAAUAAAAGAUGCUGUAAACGUGUAUUCAUUUUCAUUUCUAAAGAAUAAUCAAGAGCUCAAGCGCUAACCUCUCUCAGUCAUCGUUU